AUGGGAGCGGAAGAAAAAGUGGCCGAACUCGAGAGGGAGCGAAAUGAAGCGAAUGAGAGGUUUGCCGAGCUCGAGGGGAAGCGAAUUAGAGCGGAGGAAACUAUCGCUGAGUUCGAGAGAGAGCGGACUAGAACGGGGGAGGAAAUGGCCGAGCUCGAGAAAGGCCAAACGAAAGCGGAGCGCAAAAUUGCUAAGCUCGAGAGGAGACUGAGAAAGCAGUCGGCGAGCUUGAAGAAGAGCGAAGCAGAACGGACGAAUUAUUUGCCAAGCCGGAUAGGGAGCGGGAAUCGAAAGCAAGGCGUCUCACUUAGCUGGAAAUUUUCUUCGGAUAAGUGGUGCUUCCCAAAGAAGAGGUCCUGCACCAAGCAAACGGAACCACGAAAGGAGAGGAGGCGUCCGUGA